AUGUCGACAGGUCCGCCUUCGGGCAUAUCCCUGGUGUCAACGACCACUCCACGCAAGUCAGGACAGCAUACACCAGAAUCGUGGUCAAAAUGGACACACCCAUCUGUCGAGCCCUUGUUCACAAAGCGUUUCAUGAAGCCUCUUCCAUCUUGGACUGAGACAUUCUCCCUCGUCAGUGAAUUCUUCACUCAUGAACACCAAGUCUUCCCAUGCUUCAAUGCACCGGUAUUCAUGUGUCUACUAGGCCAACAGUACUCAGGUGCAUGUACUGAGAGUCCAGCGUGGUGGGUUUCACUCAACUCUGUACUUGCAAUCGCGCAGCGUCGUCGGGCGGAGGCAGCUCAAUCGGCAGAAGCAGAGGAUCUAGCCUGGGCUUAUGCAUCGAAUGCACUCGCCGGGACAUGGGAUGUUCUCAUGCGUAGUACACAGUUGUCUUCUGUUCAGGCUCUGCUAGCCAUUGCCUGGUUCUUUAUUGGAACACCAAACCCGCAGCCCAGCUUCAUGCUCGUUGGCUGCGCUGUGCGUCUUGCGCACUCAAUAGGUAUACAUGUCGAGAGCCAGGAUCCGUCCGUAAGUCCAGCAGAAGGAAAUAUGAGAAAGAAGGUCUUUUGGAUCGCGAUUUGUCUAGACCGGGAACUGUGUCUCCGAACUGGAAGGCCCCCUUGUCAUGAUCUCAACGCUGCCUAUGUUGACCCACCAAUGGGUUCCUUGGAUGAAACGGAAAUAAUCAAGACCGUCGAGGGGCAUGAACUCAACCUCUUCAAAGAUUCUGUGGCGGACCUACUCCAAAAGCUGGAGAAUUGGCGCGCUGAAUUUGCACCGUCUCUUACUCAUGAUUCUGCUACGAGGUGCGAGCAUCAUGGGCUGAUGCGGCUGUACUUUUCCUACUACAAUGCUGUCAUCGUUGUGAGCCGCGCACACAGCCUAACUUACUGGGUAUCGCCAAAUCACCCAGCAGCUUCAGCCCUCCCUUCAAAGAUGAGAGACUCCAUAGAGAAUUGUCUCAACGCGUCCCGAUGCAUUAUUGAGUUAAGCAAGCUCAUACCAGUCACAUGGAAGAGCUUUCAGUGGGAUAUUAUUCCAAUACCAAUGAGCGCUGUUGUUAUUCUCUGUAUCAUGGCAAUUCGGAAUCCUACGAAUGAGUUUGCGACAAAUGACAUGCACUCUGUUGGUGACGUCAUGCAGAUUUUUAAAACACUAGACGAGGCGUACGGAAAUACCUACUUGACUCAAGUCCAAAAGGUCUGCCAAGAACUAUACAGAAAGGCUCGUUACGCUGUGCAAUCUUCAAAUGCACAAUCAGUUGGGUCUAUUAAUGUAGUGACUCCUGCUCUUCAAGACAACCAGGAAGAAAGUCACCAGACACAUUAUACUGACAACAUGUUUGAGUUCAAUCUGGAUGCCUUUGAGCAGUCGAUGCCUUAUCCACUGCCGAUGGUUUGGGACUUGGAUACAUCACUGUGGACUUCAAUUAUAUAG